AUGAGAACUAAUCAAGGUUCGAGCAAUGAUCUUCUGACUAGAAAUUUUUAAGGCAGAAGAGAUAUCGAUCUAUUGACCAGUAGCUCUCCUAAUGGAUGGAAGGAUCUCACUGUUUAAAAUAACUCAGGAUAUGUAUCCAGAGAAAAAUAUAAUAAACUUAAAGAUCUUAACUCAAAAUUAAAAGCUGCCUUAAGAGAGUAUAUUUAAGACACAAAAGAGAAAGACAGAUUGUUAUAAACAAAAGAUGAAUAAUUACUUAAAUUUGAGAAGGAAAAAGCAGAGUCCUAAAAUAAAGGCAAUGAAGAUCUCAAAACACAACUUAAUGAAUUAAAAAUUAAAUUGUAAAAGAAAAAGACUAAAAUCAGGUUACUUAAGGAUUCAUCAAAAACAAUCGAUUCUAGAUUGGAUGACUAGAAAGCCACCUUCUAAGUUGAUUUAGAUAGAGUGUAACGAAUUAAUGAUUCCUUAUAAGCUGAGAUAAAAGAAUAUGACAAGAGAUAUUUGAUAUUAAAAGAUGAAAAUAAUAUUUUAAAAUAAGCAUUGUAAUAAAAAGAAGAUUAAUGUAAAUAUUUUGAAAUGGGAGCUUAAGAUGAUAGGUAAAAUAUACAACUAUUGGAAUCAAAGAUCAAAGAAAUAUAAGAAGAAAAAAAGAUCUUGUAAAUAGCAAUCGAUAAUUAAAUAUCUAAAAUUGAUGAAGCUGAAAAGUUUAUUAAACUCAAUGAUUAACGUCAUCAAUAAGAUAUCAAUAAAAUUGAAUUAGAAAAGCAAUAGUUAUAAAGCGAAUAUCUAAUAUAAAUUAAUAGAAAAAAAGAAAAGACUAAAUCCUUAUUAAAUCAAAUCUAAUAAUUGGAGUCACAAAUUACUCAAUUAUAAAAAGAAGAAUUGUCUUAUCAUAAAGUUAUAUAAGAUUAAAAACAUGAUUAUUUGAGAUUGUAAUCACAACUAGAAGAUUAGAGGAAUAAGACUGAUUAAACUUUGAAAGAAGCUAACUUUUAAGUUCAAGAAGUUAUGGAAUUUAAGUAAAAGUUAGAAUCUUAAAAGUCUUUGCUUUAAGCUUAUGAGGAUAAAUUAGCUCAAUAUGAUGUUUAAUAUUAGUUAGAUUAAAAUGAAAAAUCAUAGAUGUUGUUUGACAUUGAAUAGUUUCAUCAAGAGAAUAAGAAGUUCUAGCAUCUAUUAUAUGAAUCUGAUAAAGAAAUAGCUUACUUAAAAUAAUAACACGAAGAAGAUUUAUAUUAGAUUGAAAGCAGAGUUGAAUCUUUAAUUCGCUAAUUAAAUGAGUCAAAAGAUGAAACAUAAGAAUAAAAAAAAAUAAUCUCAGAAUUAAAGAAGUAAUUAAUCUCCAGUGAUGAAUAAGUUAAUGCAUACAAAAACAAAUACCUUAAAGUUAAAUAAAAUUAAAAAACAUUAUAAUCUGAAUAAAAAUAUUUAGAGGAAAAAGUCAAGUUGAUGGAAAGUGAAAGAGUUUUUGAAGAAAAAGAAGCUUUAAAAACUAAGGAUUAUGUCAUAUAAUAAAAAUAAGCUUAGCAAAGCAAAAUCAAAGUACUUGAUGAAAUCUAAAAUAUGAUUAAACAACAUAAAAAAAUCACCAGCUGA